GGCCCGAGGGCGGAGUCCGGCGGGCGCGGCCAGAGCGGGCGGAGGCUCCGGCGCGGCGCUCCAUCCGGCCACUGACGCGAUGCCGGCUGCAGCGGGCGGGGCGGCCGGGCCGGCGGGGAUGUGACAGGCGGCCCUUCGCCCACCUGCGGUCCUUGCGCCCUCAGGUCUCCGGCGAGCCGCCUGGGCCGCGCAGAGGAGGCAGAGCGGAUCGGAGCGGAACUCCACUCUGAAGGAGGGGAGAAAGAAAGAACAAGUUUCAGAGAGUUACCAAGGUGGACCAAGAUUCUGUCAAAUUUUAAGAACAAAUGUACUUUAUAGCUCAUGGAAGAAAAAACACAAAUCAAGACAUAUUUGGGUUCCAAGUUGCCAAAGUAUGGAACAAAAUCUGUAAGAAGUACACUGCAGCCAAUGCCAACUGGGACACCUGUUAAUUUAUUGGGAACUUCCAAAACUAGCAGCAUCAAAAGUUACAUAAAAAAUAAUGGCUCUGAUUGUCCAUCAUCCCAUUCAUUUAAUUGGAGAACAGCAGCUAAAUACCAGCUUAGUGCACCAAGUGCUGAGGAACCUAACGAUACUCAAAGUUCACAUGAUAAAGUAAUUGAUCCUGCAAAACAUCCACCUGCUCAAGGAAUGUUUGCUAAAAAUGGGAUAAAGGGAGAUAUGAAAGGUGUUUCUUUUCCAUCAAACUUAGCAAAGCCAUCUACCAUGUUUGUGUCAUCUACAGAGGAAUUAAAACAAAAGUCUUUGUCUGGACCAUCCAGUUUGGGUAAAUUCACCAAAGGCACAAUAUUAGGAAGGACUUCAUAUUCUCUAGUCAGUGCUCCAACAUCGCAGUUGAGUGGGUUUUAUGUAAAUCGAUCAGCUAGUAGCAUACAGAGGCCUAGAGCAAACUCCUGUGCUACCAGAAGCAGUUCUGGAGAAAGCUUAGCACAAUCCCUAGAUAAUAUUAAAUCUCUUACUUGUGAAAAAAUGGUAAGGUCACAGAGUUUUUCACAUUCCAUUCAGAAUUCAUUCUUUCCACCUUCAUCUAUAACCAGAUCACAUUCCUUCAAUAGAGCUGCAGAUCUUAAGCCUUAUCAGAAUCAACAUCUACCCAUUAGAAUACCUCUGAGGACAAGUAUGCUAACAAGAAAUUCCCAGCAGUCUGAACUUCUCAAUGGGCAUGAACAUUUAGGGUAUGGAUUUAAUAGGCCUUAUGCUGCUGGUGGAAAGAAGUUGGCGUUAUCAAAUGGCCCAGGUGUAGCUUCCACUGGGUAUAGGAUGGUCCAUCCCUCUCUACUGAAAUCUAGCAAAUCUCCAUUUUCUGGGACUAUCACAGUUGAUGGUAAUAAAAAUUCACCUGCUGGCACAUGUGUAGAGGAAGAUACUGAACUUUUGGCUAAGGACAGAGCUACCAACAAGGACCCAGGACUAAUUGAAAAUAAUAGUGAUAGAACAGAAAAUGGCCAGACCAUGAAGCAUGAUGCUAAAAUUAGAUACCUGAGUGAUGAUGUGGAUGACAUUUCCUUAUCUUCUUUGUCAUCUUCUGAUAAGAAUGAUUUAAGUGAAGACUUUAGUGAUGAUUUUAUUGACUUAGAAGACUCCAACAGAGCUACAGUAAUUCCAGAGGAAAAUUCUCACAAAGAAGAAAAACAUAAAAAUACACCACCAAUGGAUAUAUUUGGUUCCCCCACGGAAAAUGAAAAAUCCUUCAGUAAAGCUGAUGAGUGGAUGGAUAAAAGUGUUUCUGACAGGAGUGAAGGUACAAAACAUACUUCUGGGAGUAACUUGGUUUCACCAGAUACGGAUUUCAGAGCUGGUUCUUCAUUUGAACUCUCUCCAUCUGAUAGCUCUGAUGGAACAUACAUGUGGGAUGAAGAGGGCUUGGAGCCCAUUGGAAAUGUCCACCCAAUUGGGAGCUAUGAGUCCUCCGAAAUGAAUAGCAUAGAUAUUCUGAAUAAUCUUGAAUCAUGUGACCUGGAGGAGGAUGACCUUAUGCUUGAUGUGGAUCUGCCUGAGGAUGCAUCUCUUGAAAAUGUGGAGUGUGACAAUAUGAAUCGCUUUGAUCGAUCAGACAGAAAUGUUCGGCAGUCGCAAGAAGGAUUUUGGAAAAGGUCACCCCAGAGGUGGAGUGGACAGGAACAUUACCCCCUCAGUCAUCCUGACCGCUAUCAUCACCAUGGAAAAAGUGACUUGAGCAGAGGCUCUCCCUACAGAGAAUCUCCUUUGGGUCAUUUUGAAAGCUAUGGAGGGACCCCCUUUUUCCAGGCUCAGAGAAUGUUUGUAGAUGUACCUGAAAACACAGUGAUACUGGAUGAGAUGACCCUCCGGCACAUGGUCCAGGAUUGCACUGCUGUAAAAACUCAGUUACUCAAACUGAAACGUCUGCUACAUCAGCAUGAUGGGAGUGGAUCAUUGCAUGAUAUCCAGCUAUCAUUGCCAUCUAGCCCGGAACCAGAAGAUGGCCAUCAACUAUACAAGAAUGAAGAUUUAUUAAUUGAAAUAAAACAACUUAAAGAGGAAAUAAAGAAAAAAGAUGAAAAAAUCCAACUAUUAGAACAUCAGCUUGCAACACGGUGUAACUGCCACCAAAAAUCUAAAGAAGAAAAAUGCACAUAUGUCGAUAAAUAUACCCAAACCUCCUGGAGAAGAAUUCCUCCUCAAGUACUACAGCCUUCCAGCAGCCUUCCCAGACCCACAGACCCCGCCCUGGGAAAACUAACAAGAUGGCAGCCUCGCGAGGACCGCAGUGAGCACGUGGCCCAGAGCGCGCGUCCCGGGGCCACACGUCGCCAUGACAGCUUUGCACAGGACUCGCAGCAAGAGCGCAGCGGUGGCCUGGAAGGCCCCCCUUUCUCUGCCAGCCCGCAGCUCGCUGAGGAGGUGGCUGAGAGUGCGCCUUCCAAAGCAGGCUGGGACGUGGCCAUGGAUGCUCCAGAGCCUUAUCGUUUGACAAAUAAUCCCAUUAAAGACAUGCAGGUGGUACCCACUUCUUCUCAAACACUCACCCCAUCGAGUGCGGGAGACCAGGCUAAGAGAGGGGAAAGAAACCAGUCUUUACCUGACGACGACACAUCUCAGCUCAAAUCCGUGCAGCUUCUGAAGCCAUCCAACUUGAGUUCUUUGGUACCUACUUCAGUUCCUGAAUCAUCGCCAAGUAAGAACUCGCCAGUAAUUGCACCAUGUAAUUCAGCAAAAAUUCAGCUAACAUCUAGUCAAACAAAUCUUGUAAAUAAUCUAAAUCCACGAGCAUCUAAGCUCCGCCCUCCUUCUGGCUCUUUCAAACAAAAACAAAUAAGCAACCCCCGACCAGAGCCUCAAAACUUCCAGGCCAAGACAAGCAUCCCCAGGCCAUUGGCAAGAAGGAAAGAAAUCAUGCAGAAUCCCAAUGGCAAUUUGAAUUCUGGGGAUUGUCUAUCAUCUAAUCGAUAUUCUCGUCUUCCCAAACCAAAGAUACACUAAGUACAUAGCCAUCACCUGCCAACAUGUCUUUUAAAAAAACACCUGUAAUCACUUUACAUGCAGUUUGCUGCCAUGGUGGAGGUUCCAUUAAAAGCUUGCGAAUCUUAAAACAUUAAAACAUGGAAUCUUCUACUCGUUUGGGCUCUUCCAUUCUAUGUCCUGGUCGAAGCACACAGCAGUGAAGUGUAAUUGUCUUAGGUGAGCAUUAGCUUUCCCGUCAGAGGCCCACAGCGGCUCGCCUGUGGCCACUGCCGGCCACCAGGAAAGGCGCAGCCCUCCGGAGCUGGCAAGACAGGCCCGUGGCGCCCUCGUCCCUUAGGUCUGUAUUGGUGUGGUCAGAGCCUCCCUCUUUUUCACUAGCCCCUUGUGAACAGGGUUGGUUUUUAAGUGAAGAUCUGCUGGUAAUGGGAGGCGGUAGGUAGUCUGUACACAGAGUUCUGGAAAGUUCUAUAAGAAAGCUCUAUGAUGAGGCGUGGCCUUCAGUGGAGAGCUGUGAGUUCUGUCUUUCCUUGCUAGGAUCAGCAGGCUGCUCUCAAUAUUAACUUACCGAGUGCCCAGGCUAAAAUGUUUCAUAGGCUGUAUAAACCAAUUACCUACAUAUCACUCUAACAUUUUGUUCAUACGUGCACACCACUGUGUUUGCUUUUGGUACUUGAUAAAUUCUGGAAAGCUUAAGACAUCUUGAAACCUAUAUCCUAAAGGUAUAUUCACUUGUAACGUUGGUGCUAGAGUUUUGCUGGUAAUUCAGGUUUGGACUCUAGAGGCUUAUGCAUUCAUGGUAACUGUUUUAAAAUCCUACAGCGUAUAUUUUAAAUUAAGUCUUUAUUGUAAAGUCAUUUAUUGACUUUAUGCUAAUAUUUGAAGACCAGAAUAAUGGACUUGAAAUAUUUGCACAAAAUUUGGAUGGGAUAUAAAUACCCCAUGCAUAGGGAGUUAGACUAUUUUCUGUAGCAAAAAAGGCUAAACUAUGUUGGAAAUAAUGGUAAAUGGAAGUAGACCUUCUUGAGAAAGCUGGAGUGCACAGCGCUUCUGCUGAGUUUUCAGGGCCCCUUUAUGUUGGUGUGUAUUUGAAUGUCAGUUUCUUAAAAAGUAGGUUUGGGAGAGAAAUGGAACUAGAGAGUGGGAACUGUGUCCUGUGAAAGGUGUGAAAGGGUAUUUCAGGGGCAGUGCCCCAGGAAGAGAGCUGGGGACGCGGCCCAGAGCGCCACCUCUCCAGUGUGCGCGUCCGACACUCCUGCUCUCCAGGUCAUGGCGUCCGGAGGGGUCCUGCGUGGCUCCGGCUAGUUCCUGUCUUUCGGAGAGAUGGGCUUUCUCGGAGUAGAUUUUGGUUGUGAUCAGCUGACCAAAAAUGUAUCAAAAGGGGUUCUUAGCCACUCAGAUUUCUAGAGAUUCUUUUUUAAAAUGUACACAUGUGAAAUUGCCCCUUUUUAGAGAAAUAACAGCAGUACUUCAGUGUAAAUUUUAAAAAUGUUGAUUGAUUACUACCAUUUUGAGGGUUCUUCCCGUAGAGUUUCAGUGACUCUGCCCUUCGCCGGGGACAAACCAUUCUUUGACUUGGUAGCAGGUGACGCCAUACUCUCAUUCGGCAGCACUUGUGUAGGAGAAACACUAAAGUUCAGAAACUUUUCGCAUUGUCCAGAAGGCGUUUGUAUCUAGACGCCGCAGCAAAGCUCUGUGUGUGCGCAGACGAGCAGUGGUGGCUGCAGCUGUGCGUGGGCACAGGCGCUCCUCCGUUUGGAAGGAGCAGGAAAGCGGGCCUCGUGUUAUAAAUGGGUGUUAUUACACUACAGAGCUGGUCCCCAAAACGUAUACACCCGUGAGCUGGUGGCUCACGGAGUUUUCCCUCCUUUCAGAUUUAACUGAUUUGAAAUAUAGUGCAGGGUGAGGCCAGAUUAAGCUUUGAACAAAUAAAAUUUAUCCUAAAAUGCCACUAGACUUUUAAUGAGGAUUUAAAAAAGAUAAAGCUUGCAGUCAACAAAUUGGGGGCGCACAAACAUCAAACAAAAUUAUUCUUGAUGUUUGCUUCCCGUUGUCAGCAGUGCCUGGACCAAACCAGUCAUCAGUUUGAAAAUAGGCAUUAACAAAAAAAAUAUUCCUGUAGAUUAUUUUAAAUUUUGAAAGUGGACUGUAUGUUAAGUAAACACUGACUUUAUAGUAAUUCAAAAUGUAUGUACACUUUGGGGGACACACUGUAUUCCCUACAUACCGCAUCCUGAUGAGUCAGUAGGCUUGGCUGACUUGGGAGUUGAUAGGCACACCGUGAGAGGGUGGCUCUUUGGGAAGGACAGUGAUGGCCCUGGAAGGCCGCAGGAGGAGGGGAGACCCCGUGGAGGUCGUGGGCUGAGUGCGGAGCGGAGCGGAGCAGGUGCUGAGGACGGCAGGCGCUCAUCUCUCACUCAGGCAUCCGCCCAGCAUCGGAGCCGACCUGCAGCCGGAGAACAGCAGACUCUGUGUCACAGUCAUUAGUAGGCCUUUAUCUUUAAGUGAAAAGUUUUAAAUUUUUAUAUUAUUUUUAACCCUCUAGUCUGAAGUCUGCAGUUCUUUUAUUUGGAUAUUUUCCUGCUCUUUUUUCUCCCCAAUUAGUAUGCAGAAAUAUGAAUGAACCCAUCAUUUCAAACUCUCUGUACCUCUGUUGAGCCUUAGUUUUGGCAGAAGGCUCAUCAAUAUACUUAUGAAGCAUAAUACAUUUAAGAAAAAAACAUUGAGGAUGCUUGCACAAAACCAACAAAGUAUUUGCCUGUAGUUUUCUUUAAAAUGCAAGAAUAUUGUGUUAGGGUGCUCCUUAGUAAAUGCUAAGUUGGAAAUGAAAUGAGGAUAGAGCUUGCCUGAUUUGGCUUAAUCUCUGUUUAAUGGUUCUGUAUAUCAAUUCUGUAUGUCACUUAAUGCACUUCCUUCUACACACCCAGUGCACUCAGCCUUUACUGAGUAGGAGAUCAGGUCACUUUUAUCUUAGUCCCUGUGCUUUCAGGAAGAUGGUUGCAGUGCAUGAAUUCCAAGUCCUAAGGAAGUUUUCUGGGGAUUGGCUAAGUCACACAUCUGAGAGAGAAGAAUUACUGAGUAUGUGUAGUGCAUACAUCGGCUGUUAACAGGAUGCACGUACAAUUCUUUAGAGAAAGCCUGGCGUGCGGAGUUUAUCCCCCGGGUGCAGAGGGUUGGUGCACUAAAGGACCCUGUCAUUUAGAUGUGAAAGUCAUUAGCGCUUCUAAAGACAGGCCCUCUAACAUUUCUCUCUUGUAGUCUCGAUUUAAUUUGUGCAAUAUUUUCAGGCAUAUAAACUACUGUUUUGUAUUUAUAUAUAAUAGAUAUUAUAUAUUAGGGAACCUAUUAAAUAUUUUAACAAGAAAUAACCUGAAUAUGAAAGAAAAUAUCAGAUUUGCACUUUAAAUGAGCUUAACUGCUUGGAGCUGUGCCUGAAAUAUCUAAAUGCCUCCUAUUGGGAGUGACUUUUUUGUUGGAAUAAAUUUAUCUCUAGCAGUUGCUGUUAGAAGUACAGUUGUUGACAGAAUUACUCCCUCCAUGUGCUACUUUUCUCAUAAAGCACUAACUUCUUUGAGUGUUUAAUUGACCGCUUAAGUAUUUCACUCUGCGUCAACGAGAACAUGACCCUCCUGUGGCUGUCACUUCUAGUCUUCCUGUAGCAGAUGGUGCUGGGCACGGGCACCACCUGUGGAGCAGUUGUCCCCAGGGCACAGAGGAUGGGCUUUGGAAUCCCUGAAUGGGCUUGCGCUGAAGAUCAAGUCUGCAGCACAUUCUGUUCACUGGGAUUACACAGUGUUUCCGUGUUUAUGGGUUAGUUGGGUGGUUGUGUUUGCGUGCCUGUGCACACAUUGAAAUUAAUUACAAGCUGUAAUACAAAUACCUGGUGUUUUCCUUGGGGAUGAUGGCCUUGCUGUUUUUCCUAAUUUUUAUAUUUGAAUUAAAUUACCUAAUUUCCACACCUCCUUUCAGUGUUUUUGCUGCAGGAAUUUGAAAGAAUACAUUUGAAUAAUUGAUUAUGAUGGUGGGUGACAAUCUACAACUAUGCGAUUAAUUAAAGAUACAUCAGAUGUUUUAACUUGAGAAAAAGCUAUCCAUUUUCUCCUUGGUAAAGCAUU